AGGAAACAGGGGAUGAGAAGUUGAGAUAGAAAAUGUUGUGGAAAAUAAAAUUGUUGGUAGAGAAGUUCGUGGAAGAAGUGAAGGCAGAAGUGGAAGCUGAUGUUGAAAAUAGAAUGAGAAAGGAGGAAGAAAAGCAACUCAGUGACCGGGAACGAUGGAACGCCCAGCUAUCACGCCGAGAGGCAGAGGUUGCAAGGCAAGAGUUAAUAUUGAGAAUGGAGAAAGAAGAGUUUGAAAAAGAGAAAAUGGAGGUUCUUAAAGGAGGAACUGCAAUCAUCCAACACAACGAAGAUGGAGCUCUUGAAAUCAUUCAUAAUGGUGACAAAUACCGAUGCCUCAGAUUUGCAAAAGCUAACAAAUGAUUAUAAUAAAUAUUCCAACUUGAAACAAAUAUUGCUUAAGUCUGUCUUAAACCCUGUUGAACUUAUAUUAAAAUUGGGAAGUCUAGUUAAUUCUUAUGCAAA